AUGAAUGCGAUCGACCAGUCUCCCAAACAGCCUCCAGCGUCAAAUGCGCUGGCGCAUUUAACCAGGGUUCCGAUAGCUCACAUUUCUCCCGACCUCGAGCAAUUGGCCGAAAGUUCAUUUCUUGCAACUGUGGCACUGGUGUGGCCAUACUCAUCUUCGACCAAGGCUAUCAGCCUUCUGUUAGCAGAGCCGGAUUUCCGCUUGAGGGGCGCUAAAGGACAAAUCAAGGUCACCUUUCAUGGACACCUCGCGGAGAAGGUCGCGGCAUCGCAUGUCGGAAUUGGGGAUAAUGUGUGUCUGGCCUUGAAAGACACCAAGUUUGUCGGCAAUGAAGGCGCCAGCCAAACCCCGGGAAGGUCUGUCGCGUGGGAUGCGCACUUUGAGAAUGGCGGGUCUCUCGAGAUCUACCGACCCUCCCAACCCCCGUUGAUUAUAUCGGUUGAGCCGAAAGUGACAGCACCGCCUGAAACCGAACUUGCACCGCCUACAACUCCUACUGGGAAGUUGAUCAAUGCAGAACUCGACCUGCCUUCUAGUGCACGCCCAUGGGGGUCGCCAGUAUUCAGGUCUCCUCGAACUUCACUCGGAGGAACCAUCCGUCCCGCUUUUGAUCCUUUCGUGGAAGAAGAUGGAUUUGUGCCGGGGAAAGGAAGAAAAAAACUAAGGUACAGCUUGCGCAGGGAAGAUUGGCGUGUUCUGAAUGAACCAGAAAGCCCCCAUGAACAAGAAGCGCCAGUGGAUUGGGAACAGGCUUUGAAUCAAUCUAUCGACCAAGAGCUCGACGCGGCAGAGUCGGCGAGUGAGACUUCAGACCAUCCAAUGACGGAUGCUGCCGAAGCUCCAACACACACGGAUGAUGCGCCGCAAGAACCACUUCCGGCAUUUGCAAAGCCUUCCCUUGAAUUGACUAAUGUUUCGUCUCAUGAACCGGUUGAUAAUCAAGGAACUCCUUUGCAUCUGCCAGUAGCCACACCGCAAAUUCGACCGAUCCCUUCUCCAGGGCUCCCGAUCCCUUCCCCGCUUAUAUCUAAUAAUUCUGGCCCCGCCGGCUAUUUCCUGCCAUGGACGCCGCCCACGCAGCCUGAAGACGUUCGAUCUGUUCCUGCGGAAACAUGCACCAUAGAAACCCCCGAAGAACCCUCCAUUGAGAUUCAUGAUACAGACGCCACCGAUCCCAUUCCAGGAGAGACAGUGGAAGACCUUGGUCCAGAUAUUGAACCCAUCCAGCAGGAACAUGUCUUGGAUGCCGGUUUCAUCUUCCGCGAUGAUGUGGCAUCACAUCUAGACUCAGAAGGUUUGCCGGAAGCGCGGGAAGUUGAAAUAAUCGACACUGGAGCUAUUCAUGGAUCAGAUGUCAUUAAAGCUGAGGUGAUCCUCAAUCCUACCGGCGACGAAGCUCAAGUAUCAACUGAAGCACAGCAGAGCCAUGCUUCUGAUGAUGUUCACAUAUCCCGGGACCGUCCAGCAUCCCUUUCAGUCUCGGAAGGUGAACCAGCUGCCGCUCAAGGUGAUAUCGGUACCGAAAAUGCCACCGAUGAAGCUCAAACAGAACAUGAACGUAUCAUCGAUGUUAGUUAUCUAUGGCGCGAUGAUUCAGCAUCACCUUCGCGUUCAGGUGAGGAACCGGAAAAUGAACCACUCGAAUCUCCACAAGUUAUCGAUAGAUUAGACGCUAAAGCUGAUCUUGGCAUGGAAACGGCCAACGACAAUGUGGACUCUCUUCAACAUUCUGGUGGACCUUAUGAUGAGGAACAUUUCCACCCAAAUCAAUCAGCCUCCGCCUUUGAUCAGGAUGCGAUCGCCGCCCUCGGGCAAAUGAUAGUCAUGCGAGAGAAGGAAAAACAAAAGAAGAGAGAUAUGGAAGAGGAACAAGAAAAUGAGGAAGAUCCCGAGGGUUCAUCUGUGGCGGCAGGUGCUUUCACUCGCUCCCCCGGUCAAGGAUACAGUGAGGAGAAAGAUGAAGUGUACUAUGCGGAGUCCGUGGAAAAUUACGAUUCACACAAUGAAUGUGACGAGGAAGAGGAAGAGGAAGAGGAACUUGAAGAGGACGAAGAUGACUUCAGCCUUGAAUCCAGUGAUGAGAGGGUCGAGCAGGAACAACAGCACCGGCCUUCGCAGACGGGAGACCAUGAAGUAAUCGUCCUGGACAGUGACAGUGAUGAUGAACCUGCCUCCAAUCAUCCAGUGGCCUCAGCUUCGCAAUCAGCAGAACGAGAUGAUCCCUCAUACCGCGUGGAAUCCGGACUCCCGGUUGUCUCUCCAGGUACAGCCAAUUCUGCAUCGGGUGUGCAGGAAUAUCCAGAGCCAUGGUAUGUUGACGGAGAGAGUGGCUAUCGCGGAGCUGUGGAAGAAGAUUUCGAUAUCGAUGAAAGCGAGGAGAGUGAAGAAAUUGAACAACAUGAAUACAGUCGACAAGAUGACCGCGUUCACGAGAGUGAUAUGGAGGAUGACGAGUCGACCCCAGAGCACUAUCCAACGGACCAUCCGUCCGAAACUUCAUCACCCAACCCUGAUGAGGACCAAGAUAAUGAAAUGGAAGACGCGGAGCUCAUCGAAGGAGCUGACAACGACGAGUCUUACGCUGCGGCCAAUGUGGACGCACAGGUGGAAUUGGCAGUUGAUCGUGCCGCCGACGAGGAGCAGCCAGGCAAUGUUGAUCCAAAUUUGCCUGAUACGCCUGAGUCUCAUCCUCAAGGCCCUUCCUCGGAAAUGGUGUCACCAAACCCUACCGAGGGUGAAGAUGAAGAAAUGGAAGAUGUCGGGCUUAUUGAAGAAGCGGGCAGCGACGAGUCUGAUGAUGCUGCGGCCGAGCCUGACGCACAGAUAGAAGUGGCCGUUGAUCGAGAGACGGAGGAGGAGGAGGAGGAGGAGGAGGAGGAGGAGGAGGGGCAAUUGGGGAAUGUUGAUCCAAAUUUGCUUGAUAUUCCUCAAUCUCAUCCUCAAGGCCGAUCAUUGGAAAUGGAAAGUCAUGCUGGGCAGUCUCUCGAUGCGGAUCGAUACUCUGAUUUGCAUAUUCCUUCGUCUACUGGAAAUCUUAUGGACGAUUUUCCGUUGACGCAUGAACCGACUGUCGAAGGACCUGAGCUCCUUGGAGGUCGAGCCUCGCCGUCGAUUAUGCCUCCAGUCGAGCGACAACUUCUGACCCCAGACCCCACGCAGGAAAAUACAUCCGCACGUGAAUUGGUUUUCGAUGUUGAAUCUGAAAUUGAACCUGGAAUUUCAUUCACGAUCGAGGAAAGCGAAGCUCAUACUGGUCUGGAUAGAAUGUCGCAGACUGCUAGCUCCCCAAAGUCAGACAGAAAUGAUGAUGUCGGCACAGAACUCACAAAAGAGAUCGAACAAGCGAUGUACGUUGACGGACAUUGUGAUGCCGAGACUACUUCGCAACUCGCUGAAGCUGCGAAACCUCGAAGAACGCCCGAACCUACCCGCGCUGUGGAGGUUGUGAUCAACACUGAAUCCCCCAAAGGACCAGCAGCCCCCGUCGGACAAUACCCAGUCCCUGACCGUAAUGCAUCUGGACUCCGCAGCAAGCUUUCUUACUUCGCCCCGCUUGCUACACUCAUCGACCAUUACGAUAACUUAGUCGAUACCAUAUCAAUCGUGCACGAGGCUUCGCCAAUAGCCCGAGCCAAAUCUGGCUCGAAAGACUGGUUCGUGACCAUUCAGCUUACCGAUCCCUCAAUGGCUGGCACGACUCUUCGUGCUCAGAUUUUCCGGCGCCACAAGAGCUCAAUGCCGUCCUUGGUUCAAGGUACCGCCGUACUCUUACGCAACUUCAAGGUUCGGAGCUUUGAUCACACGGUCAUGCUUGUCAGUGUGGAGUCCAGCGCAUGGGCCGUAUUCGACGGAUCUGGUCCUGAUGCCGAGGUAAAUGGACCCCCUGUGGAAUAUGGGUCCCAGGAACGUGCCUACGCGUCUGGACUACGUCGAUGGUAUGAGGAAGUUGGUUUUGAUAGGAUCGCAGACCGUAUGCUCCAGGAAGCUAUCGCGAGAGACAGCCAAGAGCGCGAUUUGACACCAAGCAGUCAAGUACCAAGUGAGUCAGGGAGCCCGGAUUCCAGACGAGGAUCCCAGCGUAAGCGCAAGAGUAAUCGCAGAGUCACUAUCCAUGAGCUGCGGGAUGGCACUCGUUAUACCGAGGUCGGGUCUCCAAACAGUCGAAACAGCAGUGUUCACGAGCUACGGGAUGGCACGUUGUAUGCCAAUAUUUGA